UAGUCAGUCGGAAUCGAAAAAUCUACACACCAUAUCAAAAUGGCAAGUGCAGUUUCGGAAAAUGUGGAGACAUGGAAGGCAAAGCUGGACAAAAUUCUCCAUGAGAAAAAUUUCGCAACCGACACGUUAGAAAAAAUUGAACAGAAGACUGGAGUUAGGCGUUUAUAUAUCGCAUUGGGUCUACUAGCAUUUCUCGGACUGUACCUGAUGAUUGGAUAUGGAGCCCAGUUUGUUUGUAACUUUGUCGGAUUCCUGUAUCCUGCAUAUGCAUCAAUCAAAGCCAUCGAGAGCCAUAGCAAGGACGAUGAUACAAAAUGGCUGACAUACUGGGUAGUCUAUGCUCUUUUCUCCCUUGUUGAAUUUUUCGCUGAUAUCUUCCUUUUCUGGAUUCCAUUCUACUGGUUCCUAAAGUGCUGUUUCCUUGGGUACUGCAUGGCCCCUACAGCAUGGAAUGGUUCACACACCAUCUACAAUCGCCUGAUCCGUCCGGUUGUACUGAAAUAUCAGGAUAGGAUCGACACAGCCCUUGAUAAGGCUUCUGAUGCCAUCCAUGAGGCUGGAGGAAUAGCCGAGAAGAUGGCUUCAGAGGCUGCAGCUGAGGCAGCGAAGAGACAAUUUGUGGAUUCAUCAAAGUCAGACUAAAGAUGGGAAGUAAAGAUCUAUAAUAUUUACGCAAGAGGUCCCUAUGAUAAACCAAUUAUACGCUGGAUGGUAUAACAGGAAUAGACGGCAUAUUCUCAGAACUGAAAUUACUGACAAAAUAAUAUGGACCAGGCGUAUGGAGAAUGAGGGCAAUAUCAGAACUGUUUGUUAUAUUUUAGUACAAAUUUAUUAAUAAUUUUUUUAGUGCUUGUCGAGGCGUUAUUAAUCAAGUCUGUAUAUGUUGUGCUGUAAGUUUCUACAACUUGAUGUACAAAUCUUCAAGAUAAAGCAUAUUUGUGGUGAAGUGAUACAUCUUAGGUGUAGUGGUGUUCAUCAGCAACGGGUUCGAUCCAUGACAGGAAGGUGUGAGUUUCACUGUUUGCUGUGUUCUUUCUGUACGACAUCUUUUGUGUCUUGACUGGCAUUAAUACAAACUUUUGUACAUGUUGUAAAUGUAUUCAGAAGAAUGACUAGAUCAGCUUUAUAGAUUUGUUACAGUCUACCUUAAUAUGUUAGUCUUGAAGAAUGUAAAUUUUUCUCCACACCAAAUUGAAAAAUUUUUGGACUGUUAUGUUUGUACAAUUUUGAUUUAACAGCGAUUGUUGAGAGAAUCAUACUAAUGAAUAUUGAACAUUUAGCUGAAAUUUCUAUACUCUGCUACAUUUAUACCCAUCUGAAAAAAAAAUCUAAGUUCAUUAUCUGUUAUUUACUUGUUUUGAUAUAUUGUACAUUAAGCUUUUGUUAACAAAUCUUAAAUUAACAUCUAUAUGUACAUUUACAAAUUAACAUCUGUUUCUAAAUUGUAUACAUUACUUACAUUGAAACCAAUCAGAGAUGUAAAGUCUAUUUCAUUAUUGUACAUGUAGAUUACAUUGAAACCAAUCAGAAAUGUAAAUUCUGUUUAGAUAUUGUACAUGCAGUCAUUACAUUAAAAACCCAGCAGAAAUUCAAAUUCUGUUUUGAUAUUGUACAUGUGGCUUACAUUGAAAACCCAGCAAAAAUGUAUAUUCUGUUUCAAUAUUAUAUAUGUAGCCUACUUUGAAACUCAUCAGAACUGUAACUUCUAUUUCAAUAUUGUCCUAUUGACUUCAACUUGUCAGUCUUUGUACAUUCCUCCUGUUUAUUUUAUCUGGUCAUUCUCUUCCAUAUGUUCACUGGUCCUUUUUGUUUUGUUUUUGUAUUGUUUUAUGUUUUUCUUUUUUUGUUCAAACUGAAAGCCACAAUCUAAUAUUUCGCAUAUUAAUUCCAAAUUUCAAUCAAGAAUUCGGAAAAAAAACAAGAGAAAGAAAUAUAUUACAACCAAAUUGUUUGAAAAAAAAAGAAAUCCAGUUCUGUUUUUGAAAACGUUAAAAUGAUAUGUAUGUCCAUUCUUUACAUUGGUGAAUAUUAUCUAGUUUAGGUGGAAUCAGUAUUAAGGAAUAUGUAUCAAAAGGGUUCAAAAUAAUGAGAUUAUCAAAAAAAUAAUUGAAAAAGAAGAGACUACUGUGUAAAUUGUAGAUAGUUUUCAAUAUGAGAAAUAAGCCAACUUGCCAAAUUUUUGGACAAUAAUUUGUCAACUAUAAAAUGUCUUAAAAGAUAAGGAAUUUAGAUUUAGUAUUAUGUUGUUUUCUUUUUCCUGGAGUUAUAUGAUGUGGUGACAUGUAUUAUGUUUCCACUUGAUUUAGUUGUGGUAGAUGUCUGUUUCACUCCGUCAAUCAUAUUUUCAUGUUUAUGUGAUGUGCAUCAUAAAUAUUCUCUUGAUCCGAUUUCCAGCAAAUCCAAAUGAGGCAUGUCUCAUGGAAAUCACUGAUUUGUGUCUGUCAUCUUUCCUUGUCAGUGGAUGUUUCUUGCUACAGUCUUAGAAUAUGAAUUAAUAUAUUUGAUUACUUUUUUUUUUCAUUAAAUCUGCAGAGGGCGAUUACAUUGUUUUUUUUUUGGCUUGGCUAGAUUUAAACACUAGUGCUAUAUAACGAGAUGUUGUCAAUUGAGAUAAUUUUUCAUAUCUUGGCAUUUUAUGCAUUUUUGCUGUACAUAAAUUAGUUAUUUAAUAUUUAUUGUUAAAAUUUAGAAAUUUUCUCAAAGUGCAAUGUAUACGUAUGUUUUGGUUUGUUUUGCUUUUCCACACUGAACUAAUGUAUUGUAAUUUGAAUCCAAGUCACGCAAAUUUAAGUGCUGAUAGAAUAGUUUUUAUAAUCACGGCAAUAUUACGCACGCUGGUCUUGCAUGCCUUGUAUAUUACCAAUUUGAUCAACAUAAAAAUUUCAGUCUGGACAUAAUUUACAUCUAAGUAAUAAACAGAGACACAUGUGAAACGUUUACCUAUGUGAAAAAAAAUUCUCUCUUAUAUAAAGUAGCCCGAUUUAAUCAAGAAAUGAGGUAAUGUAUCUUGAAUUUAUGCUCACAAGUUACAAACAGGGUAUUCUAGUCCAAGGUAGUGAAAUUUCUAUUAUAUAGUGUGAUUUGAGCAAUAAUACUGACGAUGAAAAUGAAUACCCAGUAGUAAAUCUCUGUCUACCGUUAUGAAAUUACUCGCAUUAGAUGAAAAUAUUUACAUGAUCUCAAUUGAAUCUGUAAUAGAGCUUUCAUAUGAAUUAAGGAAAAAUCUAGCUGUUCACGUAAUCAGAAAAAAAUCAUUUUGGUCCAGUUUGACUGGCUUCUGUGUGCCUUAAGUACGCGUGCCAUUUCUAAUGUUACUUGUUGUAGUGGGGUGAUGCACAUAAUGGAAAGCAUUCCUUCAUUGAACUUAUUCAAGUUUUCAUACCAAGGACACAUUACAACACCAAAAUAUUUCCUUUACUUUUUCCAAUCUCCGUGAGUUGUCCCUUUUUUCUACAUUCCUUUCUUAAAAAAACAAUUUGUGACGUACUGUUGUUCUGUAGUAACUGUUAUUCUCAUUUGAUAUUGAAAAAAGCAAACCAGUAAUUUACUUAGAAACACUGAAAUUUAAAGAAGUUAUCAACAAUGCAUUUAGAAUGUAAGAUUCUUUUUUUGUUUUGAUAUUUGGCGCAUGUCCUUGAUCUGAUAUGAAAAUAAACCUAGUGUCUACUUUAUGGUGAGCUGUUGACCUUGGGAACAUUAAUUUUGUCAAUUAUUUGCCAAAAAAAAUUCUUUGAAGGAUUUGUAUUCUGACACCAAUUUUUUUAAAUGUUCUUUAAUCGAAUGCUUGCAUAAUGUAAAUAUUUGUUGAUGGAAUUUUUUAAUACAGACAUUGUGGGGAAAAAAAGAAAAGAAAUGGGCAGCUGCCUAAAGGUUUUCAUCCAAAAACUAUUCCGUUUAUGGGUAUGAUCAAUUAGAUCUCAUAUGAAAUAGUCUAUAUUUAUAUCAAACACAUUUUGUACUUCAGUGUUAGUCUGUUUAAACCAGAUUUCUACCAUCACAAUUAUAAAUAUUUACUUAUCAAUAUGCAAUCCACAUAAAAAAUAUUAGACUGAAUCAUACUGUUGGCCAGUGCCCUGUGUUUGUUUCUGUCAUACAUCUGAGGCAUUAAGACAAAGGUAUAUUUCUGGACCAUACUUUGCAACGUUAACCCUGCAUUUCACCAUACACUGAUUACAUACUCUGAACUUUGAUGUUCUGACCAGUUUCGUAUCUGUAUGUCAAAUAUAACUCCAUAUGUUGUACAUACUCUCGAAUGGCAUGCUCAAUAACUACUUUUUCGAUUAAAAUUCAAUGUAUAAUUACUAAAUUGAAUACAAUAAUUUUCUCUUA